AUGCAAUAAAAUCCAAAACCUCUACUAAUUAUCGACUCCAGAUACGCUCUCUACGACUCACGACAAAAAAGAACAUACAAAUAUAAUACUGUUCUUCAGAAAUCCUUCAUAUUACUUCAACAGCAUUUUCAAAUAUUAGUCAUCUUUUGUCACUCUAAACCUAAUACUAAUGAGUUUUUUUACAAUGAAUUUCACAAGAAUUUUCAGGGAAUCGACUCAAAAUAACUCUCAAUCCAAGAAUUAAAAGUCACUUCAUUCCCCAAUGAAGACAUUAUCGUAGUAACCCACAAUUAUGAAUAAUUCACUCUCCAACAAAAAUAUCAGUUAUACUAUUUUUCUAGUGUCUCCUAACACUUGGAUAAAAAAAGAUAACUAGAACUCAAAUACUAUGAAUCAAAUCCCAAACCAAGUUUUCAUAUUUCCCACAUUCAGUAAGUCAUGUCAUAUUUUUCAAAGUCACAAAACCCCUUCACUGUUGGCUACUAUUUCUAUCCUAAAAAGUUCAAUGAACUGAUUCAGUUUGAUGCAUUAAUUAGCAACGCCAAUUUCAAUUACAUUCCCAUGGACUUUCGAUUCUACAAUAAAUACAUACAAAUUAAUGUUUUGUUCCAUAGAGUCAUGGAUAUCUACAAGAAAAAGGAAAUCAACAUGAAGCAGAAUGAGGUUGAAUUGUUUCAACAGAACUAUGACAAAUUUGUAACAGAAAACGCAGAAAUACCUGUGAUUGACUAAGUUGAAUGUUUAAAGACGUUAAUUUAGAGAGACGAACUUAAUGUCAAAUUGCAAUCUAUCUUCGCCAGUCCCCAAUUCCAAAAUGCUGUAUAGGAACAUCACAUCAAGAUUAUGACUCCUGAACAAGUUCUCUAUGACAAUAUUGGUGAACCUCAAGAGUUGUAAAAUCUCAAAUACCCACUCAUUGUGAAAAGUAAAUAAGGAGCCUUGACAGCAAAUUGCCAUAUCAUGGCUAUUGUAGUAAACGAGAAGGGACUCAGGGAAUUGUUUAAGCAUGAAUAAUUUAAAGGCUAAUUGAUUUUGCAGUAAAUUAUUAACCAUAACAGCAUUAUCUACAAAAUAUAUCAAUUGGGAAGUAAAAUGAUUGUGCAAAAACGCAAAUCCAUCCCCAACAUAGAAAUUCACAAUUUCAAAUUUGAAGAAGGUUUUUACAUUUUCGAUACUCAAAAAGACUUGUUUAAAAAUGUUUCGCAAUGUCUGAAAGAGGUGGACGAAGGAGUUCAUGAAUGCUCAAAUGAAGAUCAAUUGCUUAAACAGAUGGAAUUAUUAUCCUCGAUAAUAGCUAAGGAGUUUAAAUUGCAUCUCUUUGGCUUUGAUAUAAUUGGUAUGAAUUGGGAGUUCUAUAUAAUUGAUAUAAAUCAUUUUCCAGGAUACAAGAAUGUUGAAAAUGCUAGGGAACUGUUUGAGUAGUUAUUUCUGUAAGUAUCAAAAAAGUGA